UCGGAAAAAAAAAACGUUUUUCCUGUAAGGAGAAAGAGAUACAACGACCAAACUUCCAAGGCAUUAGACUUUUUUUUUUUCCUUUAAUUAUUUUUGGGGGUUUUAGCGUUUGCACAAAAGUUUUGACUUUGACUUCGGGGGCUGUAAUCAAAAAGCACAUUCUGGGUUGAUUCGUUUUAUUACAAGACAUUGAUUUUGUCAAAGCUACCUUCUUAUUUUUAAAUUAAUUAUAUUAACUCUUUUUUUUUCUAGCCAAUUGUAUACGAUUCUUAGAUUCUCCACCCAAAAUCUUGAAGAGAAGGAGAAGGAGAAGGAGAAGUAGAUAGAUUCUUACGUUGCUGCAAUUUCGUUGAUUAGAUUGUUUUCGUCUAUCAUAAAAAAAAAUAGUUUAUAAGAUCUUACCAGAUUUCUCCUAAGAAUAGUCUAGGAUUGUGUGCCAGCAUUGAGUAUAGAUGAGCAGAUAGUUUAAUUAGGAAGGCAAACACUAUGGGUUGGUUUAACAAGAUCUUCAAAGGCUCUAACCAAAGGGGGAAUGAUCACUAUCAUAAUGGCUAUUACGAGAACUACCCUAAUGCGCAUUCUGAGCCUAGUGCUGAUGAUACAGAUGCUGAUCACACGCAGGAACCAUCUACAUCUGAGACAUGGAAUGGCCAGGAAAGUGAAGAAGUAGACCGUGCAAUUGCAUUGUCUAUUUUAGAAGAAGAGAACCAAGGACCAAAGACAAAUACAGGGAAGUAUGGAAUGGUGGAUGAAGAUGAGCAGCUUGCUAGAGUCAUACAAGAAAGUCUGAUGGAUAGGAAUGGAACUAGUUAUGACACUGGGGCUGGUGAUUUCUACGGUAAUGGACCUAUGCAUGGUGGAGGAAAUGGUUAUGCCAAUGGGGAUAUUUACUAUCCAAGAUCUGCUGCUUUCUCAAUGGACUUCAGGAUUUGUGCUGGCUGCAAUAUGGAGAUUGGCCAUGGAAGAUAUCUGAAUUGCCUCAAUACAUCAUGGCAUCCACAAUGUUUUCGUUGUUAUGGAUGUAAUCACCCGAUCUCUGAGUACGAGUUCUCAACGUUUGGGAACUACCCUUUUCACAAAGCUUGUUACAGGGAGAGAUAUCAUCCAAAAUGUGAUGUCUGCAGCCACUUUAUUCCAACAAACUAUACUGGUCUUAUCGAAUAUAGGGCACAUCCUUUUUGGGUCCAGAAGUAUUGCCCUUCUCACGAACACGACGCUACUCCAAGAUGUUGCAGCUGUGAAAGAAUGGAGCCACGGAAUACAGCAUAUGUUGAACUCAACGAUGGACGGAAGCUUUGCCUUGAGUGUCUAGACUCAGCGGUGAUGGACACUUAUCAAUGCCAGCCUCUAUACUUGCAGAUACAAGGAUUCUACGAAGGACUUAACAUGAAGGUAGAGCAGGAAGUCCCACUUCUCUUAGUUGAGAGGCAAGCGCUUAACGAAGCCAGAGAAGGUGAAAAGAAUGGUCACUAUCACAUGCCAGAGACAAGAGGACUCUGCUUGUCAGAAGAACAAACUGUUAGAACUGUAAGAAAGAGAUCGAAGACAAGAAACUGGGCUGAGAGUAUGGUUACAGAGCCUUUCAAGCUAACUCGUCGAUGCGAGGUUACUGCCAUUCUCAUCUUAUUUGGUCUCCCUAGGCUACUCACUGGUUCGAUUCUAGCUCAUGAGAUGAUGCACGCGUGGAUGCGGCUCAACGGGUUCCGGACAGUGAGCCAAGACGUUGAAGAGGGGAUAUGUCAAGUGAUGGCUCAUAAGUGGUUAGAAGAAGAGUUAGGUGCUGGUGGUUCAAGAAACAGCAAUGCUGCAUCCUCAUCUUCUAGAGGAGUGAAGAAGGGACCAGGGUCGCCGUACGAGAGGAAGCUUGGUGAGUUUUUCAAGCACCAGAUCGAGACUGAUGCUUCUCCGGUUUAUGGAGAUGGGUUCAGGGCUGGGAGGUUAGCGGUUCAAAAGUAUGGUUUGAGACAAACACUUGAGCAUAUACAAAUGACUGGGAGAUUCCCGGUUUAAUAACUCAAAAAAGUCUUUUGUUUUGUUUUUAUAGGAUUCCUUGCUAGAUUGUUAUUAUAUGCUCUCAUUCUUUUGGUGAAAAUAUGAAAUUUCUCUGCCAUACUCUCAUGUGAUUGAUUUUAUAGUGUAAUUCAUU